AUGCUGCGCAAAACGAUUAUAUCAAUGGUUUCAUUGCUUAUCUGCACGACCGUUGCAGUUCUGGCGCAAACCACCAUGACACAGAACACCACGGAUAUUACGCAGAUUACUCAGCCGAACAUCGACAGCGCUGGUCUGGACUGCCGCAGGGGGCAGUCGGGGAACGAGUCCUCGGUUGUGAUCUUCGAGGAUCAUUCCCAAGAGGAGGAUCUUCCACCUGGGAUCCUGCCUUACAACAGAUCAGGCUCGCCAUUGACCGGCCUGUUCCAUAAACGUCUUCAGAACUGUGGCGGAGCUUCAGGCCAUGUUGUUCGGCCUAAUCGUGACAUCGGCAACUGCUUAGUGAGUAACUGGAAGGGCACACGAAGCCAACACAACUGUCCGGGAAAGUACUAUCUGGCUUGUAAGAUCAAAGGUGGCUACUGUGGACAGAUCCACUAUUUCUGCGGGCAUUUGACCGCAUCAGCAGAGAAUUUUGUGCUUUGUGGUGAAAAGGCAGAGAUCAAACCAGAACAAGAAUGCAACGUAGAAUACAGCGUUGAUCGUCUGACGUUGCAAUGCCCGAAUCUUAUUUCAAAUCAUACUCUGCACUCCGAUAGACCAUGGUCGAAGUGA